AUGAUCACAGGCAUAGCUCACGUAAAUAUCCUCGUCCCACCUGGGACGCUCGAGCAAACCGAAGAAUUCUACGCCGGCACUCUGGGCUUCACAUCUAUCACCGUGCCAGAGAGACAGAAAGGAACUCUCAAAUGGUUCGAUAUCGUCCCUGGUGGCCAGCAAAUCCACGUCGCCUUUGGCACCAAUGAGCCCAAGUCCUCUCGGCACCCAUGCUUCAAAGUCGAGUCACCUGACGCUUUGUUGAAACUGCAGACGAGGAUAUAUGAGCAUUUUGAGAGUGGAAAGCAGGCGGCGCCGUUGGAGGCCGAUAAGCCUGGGGAGAGUUCUGGAGCCGUGGGUGUGGAGUACCCGUCGAGGUUUUUUGCCAGGGAUUAUGCGGGGAAUAGGUUGGAAUUUAGUCUGUGA